AUGUCGACUCCAAUUCGCUCAAGUAGUCAAUACCCGGCCCCAUUGCCGCCCUUCCAGGCCCCUCGCGGCCCCUUCGCGGCCCCGUUGUCGCCCUUCCAGGCCCCUCGCGGCCCCUUCACGGCCCCGUCGCCGCCCCUUUCGCGGCCCGUCGCCGCCCUUCCAGGCCCCUCGCGGCCCCUUCGCGGCUCCGUCGCCGCCCCUAUCAGCCCCGUCGACGCCGCCAGCAGCCCCGUCGCCGACCCUAGCGGCCCCGUUGCCGCUCCUAUCGGCCCCGUUGCCGCCGCCAGUGGCCCUGUCGCCGACCCUAGUGGCCCCGUCGCCGCCGCCAACGGCCCCGUCGUUGCCUCUAGCGGCCCCGUCGCCGCCUCCAGCGGCCCCGUCGCCGCCAAUUGCGGCCCCGGCCCCGCCUCGGCCAUGCCCCAUCGCCAGCCGCGGCGCACCGUGGGCACGUGCACCGCCCCCCCCCCCCCCCCCCCCCGUUUUCCCGUCGCCCGUCGCAGCUCCUAA